AUGGAAAGAAAAGAGGAGAAAAGGGUUUCCACAUUGCAACAGUCUUUCCACCAUUCCAAAAAGCCCACCUGUCUUAUAAACCAAGCUGUUCUAUUUGGUGAGUCCCAUUCUAGCUUCUUGCCAGAAAUAGAGCAUGACAAUCAGGGUGGAAAAAUAAAGACGAACCCUCGGAAAAACAGACCUGGAACUGUAAUUCUCUCAAAGCAGUCCAGUAGGAGGAUUAUGUCUGAAAGCCAGCCCAGGCCUCCCGUGAUCCCAUCCCGCAGGCCCGGGUUCCGGGUGUGCUAUAUCUGUGGCCGAGAAUUUGGGUCCCAAUCCCUUGGCAUUCAUGAACCCCAGUGCCUGGAGAAGUGGCGUGUUGAAAACAGCAAGUUGCCCAAGCACCUGAGGAGGCCAGAACCUUCCAAACCACCGCCUCUCAGCGGAAGUGGGUCCUACAACCUUCAGGCAGUGAACGAGGCAGCCUUCCAGAGUUCCCAGGCUCAGCUGCUGCCCUGUGAGUCCUGCGGCCGUACAUUCUUGCCAGACCGGCUUCUUGUUCAUCAGAGAAGCUGCAAGCAGAAGGUUGAGGGGCCUAGGGCACCAAGCCCGGACAGAUCUGAUGAACUUGCUGGUCUCAAGAAACCUUCCAGUGGCGUCACAACCCGACCAAGGACUGUCAUCUGCUACAUCUGUGGGAGGGAAUUUGGUACCCUGUCCCUUCCUAUCCAUGAGCCCCAGUGCCUGGAAAAGUGGAAAAUAGAAAAUGACCGACUCCCCAGGGAGUUCCGCCAGCCACUCCCACAGAAGCCUCAGCCCCUCCCCACUGGACAGCCCAAUCACGCAGGACCACGUCAAAGUCAGCUCGUGUCCUGCCCAAAUUGUAGUCGGACCUUUGCCCCCGACCACCUUCCAGUACACCAGAGAAGUUGUAAAGCUCAACCUAGUGGACUGAAAUUUCAGGAUUUGACAUUAGGGAGUAGAGGUGGUCUGAAAAAGUCCACUAAUUCUAAGCCUCAGAGGAAUAUGGCAGCAUGCCCUGUGACUGAUAAGCCAACAAUGAUAAGACGUCCACCAACAGUUGUUUGCUAUAUUUGCGGUCGUGAAUAUGGAACAAAAUCGAUUGCCAUUCAUGAGCCACAAUGUCUGAAAAAAUGGCACAAUGAGAACAACUUGUUGCCUAAAGAGCUAAGGAGACCAGAACCAAAGAAACCAGAAGUCAGGACCAUUACUGCCAAGGGUUUCUAUGAUCUCGAUGCCUUAAACGAAGCUGCUUGGACAGGCGCCCAGAGCCAGUUGGUUCCCUGUAAUAUUUGUGGGCGUACCUUCCUGCCAGACAGACUGAUUGUUCACCAACGAUCCUGUAAACCAAAAGUCGCCAAGUAA